GCGCAGUGCAUCCUGGGUUGGCGUAGCCAUGGCGGCUCGUGUCCUUUCCGCCUGUGUCCGCCGCCUGCCCGCGGCCUUCGCGCCCAAGCUCCGGCUUCCCACACUGGCCUUAGCCCGGCCGCUCAGCACCACUCUUUGCCCUGAGGGAACCCGGAGAAGGCCCGGGACUCUGCAGCCCUCCUUGGCGCUCACGCAGGUGCCUGGAAGGGUCACACACUUGUGCCGUCAGUACAGUGACGCACCCCCUUUGACGUUAGAGGGAAUCAAGGACCGAGUGCUGUAUGUCUUGAAACUCUAUGACAAGAUUGACCCAGAAAAGCUCUCAGUAAAUUCUCAUUUUAUGAAGGACCUGGGCUUAGACAGUUUGGACCAAGUGGAGAUUAUUAUGGCCAUGGAAGACGAAUUUGGGUUUGAAAUUCCUGACAUAGAUGCAGAGAAGUUAAUGUGUCCACAAGAAAUUGUAGAUUACAUUGCAGAUAAGAAGGACGUAUAUGAAUAAAGUAUCAGGGCUGACAACUGGCACUGGACAACCAAUCGGUGUGCUCUUCUGGGGAUGACUACUUCAACUGCUUCCAGCUUUCUCAGUUGCCUAUAGUUCUUCAGUAGGGCUGAGGUUUUAUGGGCUUUCCGUUCACCCUGGCAUGUCCAUUGGUGUCGUCUUUGUUCAGUUUAUGUUUAAGCAGUCAUGUUGCUAAGACUUGAUGGGUAAACAUUUUAAGAAAAUACCAUGUAAAACUGCCAUCGUAGAGCAUUAAGGAGCGUAGUUUUUACAGAUGCCUUUAUUCCAUAUCAAGCCCCUCUCUGCUCUAAGAACUCAUCGGAAUGGUUUCAGUAAGGAUUCUGUGUUCUGAUAGGUAGGCAGCAAACUGAGCACACACAGCAUUCCAAAUUGCAUUCAAGUCAGAGAACAGAAGCCAUGCAGUUGAUGUGUAAGUUUGGUGUGCAUGUUCACAUGUGUAUUGUGUCAAAGACCAAGGUUGAUGAUAGGUGUCUUCCUCCUGCCUUACCUAAUGAGGCUUGCUAUUUCAGCUCAUCUAGCUGGCCAGCUUGUUGGGGUAAUAUCCUGUCUUUUGUGUUCUGGGUGAUUCAUGAGCCCUUGGGGCUGGGGAUGAAGCUCAGUGGUAGAACACUUGCCCAGAAUGCACAAGACCCUGGGUUCUGUGCCCAGCACUGUCUCCAGCCAUUGUUUCCCAGUACCUCUAGUUCAGCCACUUCAGUCUCUUCACUAUAUCCCCUAGACAGUCCCAACAGUGAGCCCAGCAGGAGGUUCAGGGAGACCUUUAAAGUUUAUAUGACAGUAUCCAAUAACACGAGCUAACCUGUGCUGAUGUACCAACAACAUGUCACCCUCCAGGUGUUCUUGUUAAAAUCCUAUAAGCAGACUGAUGGUGUAGGAGUGAGUCUACAAGGACUGCCUGUCAAUAUGAGCUUCUAUUUGUCAUGGGAAAAGGCAGCAUGACUAUUCUAAAUCAAAGAUCAGAAAGAUGGUAACUUUGGGAAACAUGGAGCUGGAAAGCACUAGGAAGACAUUUGGGCAUAACUGGACUGCAUGUAUGUGAUAAGACAAUGUUAGGUUUUUUUAGGUACAGCAGGUAGAAUAACCCUAUUGCCUGGAAAUAGAAAAUAUUUAGGAAUGAAGCAUGUCAGCAGCUGACUUUGAAAUGAUUCAGGGAAAAAAAAUCAAAAUGCUAACUGGUGACUAGCUAGGGUGAGCCCUUGUUCAUGGUAUUAUUCUGUCAACUGUCAAAUUCAUCAAAAGUUGGGAGAAUGUGUCAAUAUAAAUUUGAAAAGGAAUGUACUGAGGACUUGUAAUUGGAUGUCCAGCAAGGUCUCAUGAACUGUGAAUCCCAGGCUAGCCUAAAACAAACUGUCCCAAAAGUUAAUAAACUCUGGGUGGGGUUGGUUGAAUAAAAACAAAUUUGUAGAAUAUGGAAAAGUUGUCUUAAGUGAAAAUAAACACACAUGCCUGUAGUUCCAGCACUUGGGAGGAGGAGGUGAGAGGAUUGGGGUUCAAGAUUACCCCUGGCUACACAGCACCCUAUCUCAAAACAACAAAGUGAAGAUAAGCAGCAUGAUCCCACUUCUAUAACUCAUACCAUAAUGAAAAAAAAUAAAAGGUACCAAAGUGUGAAAAUGGUCAUUACCAAGACACAUCAGAAAGAUGUGUGGUUAACAAGUAAAUCUUCAAGUGUUGUUAAUAAAUGAAGAAUGAAAGUAUCAUAAAGGGUAUGAAAACUAUCAGUAGUCCAGCCAAGACUGAGGAGCUGGUGGUUGGGAAAGGCUUUUUAGGCUGUGUAGCAGCCACAUAGGAAGGGCAGCACACAAAACAGCAGGAGCAGUAGUGAAUGCAAAUCCAAGUGGUUGCCCCAUGUGGCACAUCUCAGCUACCUAAGAAGUUCAAAGCCAACCAGGGCCACAUGAAACUGUCUCAAAAUAAGAUACAGUGCUUAUCUCAAAAUAAGAUCCCAGCACCUGGGAGGCAGAGGCUGGCGGAUCUCUCUGAGUUCGAGGCCAGCCUGGUCUACAAAGCGAGUUCCAGGACAGCCAGGGCUGUUACAAAGAGAAACCCUGUCUCGAAAAACUUAAAAAUAAUAACAAAAAUAGGUGAGAUAUCAGCCUCUGGUUUAGGAAACCUGUAGUGCAUGAACUAGAUGGUCACCUGCAGUUAAAGUGGCCAGCCUUAGACCACCAAAGAACCUUAUGGUCUGACUAAGGAAUUGUUGGCCACUAUGGGAUUUUCUGCAGGGCAGAGACACCCAGGGUAUACUUAAAAGGAUGAACCUGAUCAUUACUUGAAGAACUCAUAAGGGAAAAAAAGAUUUGAUGACUGGGAUAAAGUAAUGGAUGGAGAAGGUUCUGAGUAACUUGAUUUCAGCUGUUCACACAGGUGAGCUGCUACUGAAACCAGGAAUAAAAUGAGGGUCAGAUUUUAAGGAGUGUCAUAAUUUCCAAUUGGGACAUGGUGAAUUUGAGGGGCUUGUGGGAUACCCAAGCUGGAAACAGAUAAACAAGAUGAGCAAAAGCAUAAGAAAAAUGCCUUUAAUCCCAGCAGAGGCAGGUGGAUCUCUGAGCUUGAGGCCACCCUAGUCUACAGAGCAAGUUCCAGGACAGGCUCCAAAGCUAAAAAAAAGAAAGAAAGAAAGAAAGGAAAAAUGCCAUGCUAGAGCCAGGACUCACAAUCAAGGGCCUGUGAGGUGCCUCCUCACUACCAAGUGAGUUAAAGCUGACUUUUAUGUUCCUAGGAUGGGUCCUCAUGUGCUGAAGCCUACAUGAGUUCUGUUCCUUCAGCAAUAGAUCAGCUGGGGUUGAGUAGACAGGGAAACAGACACAUACCUAUCACUUGAAAUUUCUUUACCAAGUGCAGCAUAUACGACUUUGAGUUUUUAAAAUAAUAAAGCCAAAUGAGCAAAUUUCAGACUUUUAUUAACAGUAAGUCCAAUGAAUAAAUGCCGAGAUCAAAGUUUAAGCAAGCAAUUCUCAACAUGCAUCAGUGAAAUCAGGGAGGGGACAAUGAAGCAAAAUAGGCAAGAACCACUUUCCUUUAGUCCUAAAUAGUCAGGUGAAGGGAGUAGACUUCAGCACUGGGCAAAUCUGGGUUCUGAAUCAGCUAGUUACAGAAAGGAAUGUGAUUGUUCUCUGGACCCUUUAAUGGCUGAAAUGAGGGUACCAGGAGGGAUGUGACAGAUCAAUCUGAGUGCGGACAUGGCAGAACCUGAAUGCAGUGUUUAGACUAAGUCCUAUGAGAGAGCCCAAAGAGGCCCCCUCUCUGGCUGCCAUUCUUCCCUGGAAGGCUAGAGCCCUAGACAAGGUUUUCAAGCAGCAUUUGUCACAUAGCAAGAGGUCAAAGCCCUGUGAGAUGGCCAUCCAAGUGUUGUUAGCUCUGUAUAGAGUAACUGCUGAACAGUCAAAGUCUCACCAUGAAUGGGGCAUCUUAGAAACUGAAGUGGCAAUGUCUGCUCUGUGGAGGGCAAGAGUAACACAAGAUAAUGCAACUACUGGUGCUCUUGCCAGAACUCUGGUACAAAAACACCCUCCUGUGGGGUUGCUAGAGAACAGAUUCCAGCUCCACAGAGAAUACAACAGAACCAGGCAUUACAUGCUCACAUGGUCACACCUAACCACCUUAGUGGAGUAUUUGCAUUGGGCUGGGUCUGACACUCUAGGUUUCCAUUAUUAGUAAAAGAGCCCAAGCCCUUUUCCUAACUCAUGUGAACAGAGUUUGACAAGAACUACAUCAGUCUGUUUCAGGAUACUUGUUUGUACUGAUACUUGAGACUUCCAGUAAAGUUUAACUGUGAAUCAGGGGGCAGAGUUAGCAACUAGCCAACCAGAGUUAGCCAUUGAGAUUUUGGAGGACCCAGGAUACAUAAAAACAGAAGUAGUUGUGGCCUUUUUGGAGAGUCAGAGUCAGCUGAUAGUUACUUCAUCGCUCUUUGGAUCUAUCAGGUUUUUACCCCAAUAUCUGACUCAAGAGUUUUAGUUAAUAAUAGAACAAUAUAAGUAAACACUUCACCAGUCCUCAGUAAGGGACCAGGGAGUCUAAGUCUUAGACUUGGAUGUGAGAGUACUGCCACAGUCAUCACUAGACAGGAGGACUUGGCCCUGAGUGGGUAGGAGGAGAGUCCCCUGCUAAGCCUACCCAGGACCAGAGGAUCCCUAGCCAUGGAAACUCAUAACACGAAGUAGAACAAGACUCAUAACCAAGCAGGACAGGGCAUGGUAGCUCAUACCUAUAAGCACUUGGGAGAUAGAGGUAGAAGUAGAAUUAAGGAGCAAGGCUACCCUCAGCUUCACAGUGAGUUCAAGGCCAGCCUGAUCCACAAAACAAGUUCCAGGCCAGUCAGAGCUCAAGUGAGGCCCUGUCUUAAAGAGGGGGGGUGGAGGGUGGGGGAGAAGGUACAUGAAUAUUAAUAGGAAAAAAUUCUACAAAUUAAGUAUUAUUGAUAUAUUUUUAGAUAAGAUAGUAGCAUUCAUACUCCUUCUUCUUAAGAGUAUGUUUAUGUAACCACAGGCAAGUGUCUGGAUUUGUAUGUCUGUCAUCAGCACAAUAAAGUGGUCUGAUUAGCAAGCACUUGUGGACAAUACCAUAGCUACUGGUUAACCAAGUGAAAGGUAUGAGGAUGCUAAACAGAUUAGGAUAUUUCAACUUUCUAAAUCUGAAAACUUUCCAAACAAAAAAGGGAGGGGCUGAAAGAUGGCUCAGCAGGUAAAGGCUUUUCACGAACACACCUGGUAACCUGAGUUUGAUUCCUAGAAUCCAGUCAAUAGAGGAGAAAACCAAGUCCACUAACUUGUCCUCUGAACUCCUCACAUGAGCGACUUGGUAAAUGUGCCCGUAUACAUGCAAUUAAAACAAAGUUUGAAGGGCAGAAAAUAGCAAAGGAUUUAGAUAAGGGCAGAAGGCAUAAAAAUGAGAAAUUUGAAAAUGAGUUGAAGAUGAAGUGAACAAGGAAAAGUUGGAGAAAAAGCAAAACUAACAGUUUGAAAAUACAAACAGCCCUGGUCACCUCCGUCAAGGAAACACGGCUAGGGCAGUGAGAGGAAUAGAGAACUGGCCUCAGCUGUCGUGUGGCAGAGGUCUCCCAGCAGCAAGCAUCUCAGGCCUACCUCUCAGCUGGUUCUAGCUCAAGAAAGAGAGGGAAGAGACCCGUCUCUAUCCCUGAGGACUGUCUGCUUAUAGGGUCUCUAUUGUGGGAACGGCUGUUGGCCAGACUUUUAAGAAUCUAGUGGUAGGCAGCUAAGAUGGCUCUGUAGCUUACCCCGUUGCCAAGUCUUUCCAUCCCGGAACCUAUACAGUAGGAGGAAAGAAUCAACUUCCAAAAGCAGUGCUCUGAUUUCCACACACAUCGUGAUGUGAGUAUGCACACGUGAUAGGUGUACACACACAAAACUGUAAUAAAAACUUUAAUAAAAAUCUAAGACUGUGAAGCUGGACAUCACAGCAAGAGCCUGGAGUCCUUUAGGAGGGUAAGGUAGGAGAAUCCUGAGUUCCAGACAGGCCUAUACUACCUAGCAAGACCCUACCUGAAAAAAGAAAGAAAAGAAAAAUACCUUUCAGUGUUGCUUCAGACGUAUGUGGUAUUAGCAAAAUAGAAAAAUGGGAGACCAGAACCUUCAGGAAUACAUGCACAAUGGAGGGAAGGGAAAAUUUCUAACGUGAGUGACUGGGUAGACUAUGCCACACCCUUGCUGCCAUAACCCUUGAUGCCAAGGAUUCUGGUCUUGUCCUAUUUCUGGUAAUAAUUUUCUUCCACCUUCUUUCCUUCUUGGAUCUUUAUAGUAUGUGGCUCCAGCUGUGGCUGUUUCCAUUGUUUUUUAAAACAUGUUUUUGAAGGCUAGAUGGCUGGCAAGGGUAUAGGAUUUCUAGUUAGAACAGAGAAGCAGCUUUCCCUAACUAGAGGCAUGCAUGGCAGAGGGCUGCCCUAGCAAGAGGGUAGCUGAUUGGAAAGCUCAUUAGUCUGAUAUUUCAGACUCAAUCCCAUCUCCUUGUCAGCUGUUUCAGAAAAUAAACUUUUAUAUAUUACUCAAUGCCAUACAAGUCAGACCAGAGCUGACAGAAGAUGGCUCUGGGCCCUGUUCUAAAUGUUAAGUCCCAAGAAUAGAUUAGGCGCAUGAAGAAUUGGAAGGAGCGAGAGAGACGCAAUUAAUUAUCAAACUUUAAUUGAUAGACUAAUCUUACAGGAUAAACAAUAAGACAGCUAGUCAAGAUUACACAUUAAAAAAAAAAAAAUCCAGCAGCGCAAAUCUAAUAGACUAAAUACGUUCAUCUCCUCCCAAACAGGCAUUUUGAUUUAAAAACAAACAAGAACAGAGUGUACACCACAAGGAAACAUAGUACUUACACAUUGUCAAAUACCUCUGCAGAACUCUGUAGGGAAGGUAAAGAAGGUUCUCAGACACCAAGAAAACAGAACCACCCAGCCUGGCGGGUAAAUCCACCAGCUGUCCUGCUCACCAGAGGGCUCCUGGCCACUGUAACUUCAAACAGGCUUCUAGGCCUAGGAAGAAGGAAAUGGGCCUGAUUCUGACUGGAGGUGUCUUUAUUACAAAGCCUGAAGACAAAGGGACCAUCUUUUUCCAAGGGACCAGGGCUGAACAGUAACAAGGAGCAAAAGAAAGUUGGCUUCCUCGGCAGAUGGAAAGAAAGCCUGACCUUGGCAUUUAUCUAUCUAUCUAUCCCUUCCCUUCUUGGCUCCUGACAAAGAAAAGGGCAGGCCAACUGCAAGAGCUCACAGUGCUCCUCCAGGCACAUUAAAGAGGAAAAAUUCCCUUCUGGGUGAGAUAUGGCAACUUUUCUGAGACAUGGCAAUGAGCAAAGUUAAUCUCUUUGGCCCUCAAAGGGAAAGCAGCAAUUAAGGAGCUACUUAGGACCUUACCAGGCCCCUACUUUGUCCUCAAGAUGCUAUGAAAGUACAUCCUUGUCCAGUCAAACUUAAUUUAAGAGUCAAAGCUAUCUGCAAGGCCCACCAUGGAUUAAAAUACUUCUCACAAAAGUCCUACAACUCUUGAGUCUGAGUGCUCUGAGCUGAGGGAUCCAGGCUCAGUGGCGGUUUUGUGGUCACAUUUUUCUGCCUAGUCGCCUAAGGGAGGAAAAGGAAGGCAUGAUGUCUGUGAGGACAGCCCUGCAGAAGGGCCACCAGUACCACCUAUAAACAGCACUUUGAGUGGCUACAUAAUGACAAGCCCAGGAGAGGCCUCGUCAUGAGUAGGGCGCCUCCCUCCAUCUAGCUUCAUGUAAUGCCACCAGAAGUCUUCUCCUGAAGAGCUCCCUGCACGCUCUCAUCUGACAGUGAAGGAGGUGGACAGAAGUAGUCCUGAGGACAAAACACUGUGAUGUUACCUAAAGGGAAGAGAAUUUCAAUUUGCUCACACAGAUUGAGUCAGUAUACUCCACACGGUAAGAAAUCUAUAAAGACCGCUCAAGGGACUGAGUGACAAAAUAGCAAACACUGCUGUGACCCAGACAGACCGGAACACUUCUUCCCAGGGCUUCUGGCGCUGCCUGCCCCUGCCCUUCCGAGAGCUUCUGGCAAGGCUUUCUGUGCUGACAGGCUCAGGAGCCAGAGCUUAAGCAGAUUCAGCAAGCUCUGGAAAGCAAUACUCAGAACAGCUCCAUACGAAAAGGUGUCAUUUACAUUAUUUAUAGAGAGUAUCUCCAAGUAAGGAAAAAGCACCAUUUUACUGAAAAUAAAAAGGCUCACAGAGGCUUUGGUCCUCUUGAAAUGACACCAGCCUGUGUGAGAAGCAGUCUGGCCCUUGGGCAGCAGGGGGAUAAUGGCAGGGCACGUGUACUAGGAGGGAAGGCAGGGAGCACUAGGACCUUCACAGAAAAUGGGGGGCUGGCAGAAGGGGCCUCAGAGCUAAGGUGGGGACACAAAGGCCAGCUCAGAGAGACCAAAACUGGGUAUGUGGCACUGUCAGACAAGUCUCAAGGACAGGAACAUUGGCAAACAAAUGACAGUAUUCAAGCCAAGAAGAUGCUCUACCUGCCACUUGGUCACUUCCUUGACAGACCUGCCAAGUGUAGGAGGAGGCUGGGACAAGGAGCAAAAUGUACUUUCUCCAGGAACUGCAGGCCAACAAGAACAGAAAAUCCACAAUUACCACUGAGGUGCUGAAACACAAGCAGUUUCUUGGACGCUGAAUUUUGCAUAUAUUACUUAUGCGCCCAAAAAGCAGAGUAGGUUUUCCUGUCCAGAUGCAUAACUUGGCACUGAAUACAUCACAAAAAGCAAGAGUCUGUCUAUGUGGGCUGGAUUCCCAAACUACAGCUUAGAAGGGAAGGGCAUAAAUAUCGUCAUUAACUGGCUCACAAGGAAUCUUAGGCGAAUACAUGCGAGUACAUUUCACAGGAUGAGGGCGGGUAACAGCUUAGAUUCCAAAGUGUGACGCUGGGAAGGUUUCUCACCAAACCUUACUAUGAGAGCCUGUAACCAGUGAGAGGGGAACUGCAAAGACGGCAGCAGAGAAACAGCAAACAGCAAAAAGGGAUCAUCCACCAAGAGACUGCCCCUCAUUUCAGUCAAUCAAGGCUUACGCAGAAGACAGCAGUUCACAUGUACAAAGAACAUCAGGGCUAAAACCAGAAGAGCAAGCUGGUCCUAAAAGCAAUUUAUCCCAUCUCUGUUGUUGGAAUACCACUGGCCAACCUACUGGGUCAGAGGUCUUCCAUGAGAAAGGCAGCAUCUCUGAACCUGGGAUAAAGGACACUUGAACUAAAUGCAUGAGCAGAAGGACCAAAUGGAGAAGCAUUAAUUCAAACAACCACUGGACUGCUUAAGAAGUUCUAGGAAGCUUCCCAAGAAAGCAAGCAUGUGAUCUGAGGCCAUAUGGCGAACUGGCUCCUCAGAGCAGGGGGCCUUGGAGCAGCAAGUCCCAGGCUGUGGUGAUAGGCAGGGCUUCAAAGCCAAGCUCAAGGAAGGCUGUCAACAACCAAACCAGCAGUGGAACUCCCCCAGAACAGGGAUCCAAGGGGUAAGACAUGUACACAGGAGUCAAGUGAGAGAUACUCUGCUGCUCAACGAAUACCCCAGAAAGGUGGGAGCCCCUACACCAAGACCACCAGCUGUUCUUUUCCCAUGUGUAUUCCCAAGCAGCAGCAGCAGCAGCACAUGGGAGAGAGCCUGGCAAGGAGGUGAAGAUGAGGUACCAAAAGAGAAACUGGCAUCUUUGGGUUUAAAACAAAAUCAUAGGGAAUUGAGAAAACAUUAAAAAAAAAAUCUGAAUCAAUGAGCACACACACAAAAAAAUAUG